GUUGUAGUUUAUUUGUUCUUUAUUCUUCUCCCAAAGUCUGUGAAUAACAGCGAAUCGUUGAUAAGCUGUUUAUGAUACUGUUUUUAUCUCGAAGCACAUUUCAGUCGGGUUCAAAAAGCACUCGACAAAAACGUGACAAAGAAGCACAACUCGUGUAUGCCAUAAAUUCUAUAUUUAUGUCACAUACAUGAAUUUAUUUAUUCCCGAUCACAACGCGCUGACGUCGAUAAGACCUGACUAAUAUUAAGAUCAUUUUAUAUGGGAAAAACAGGGCUUAUCACUGUUGGCAUCAUUAGACGGGCGGUAAUUAGGUAAGGCCCUGAUAAGCUACAAAAAACUAUGCGCAAUCAUGUGAGAUUGCAGAGCAAUUAAAACUACAUACGGUACUUGUCAAAACUAAGUUAACAGACGAUGAAAUAUUAAUAACUGUGGUAAACAGUGUUUUAUUUAAAAAUGAGCUAUAUAAAUUAUUUGUAUUCCUAAUCAGAUCUACAAAAAGAAUGCCAAUUUAACAGAUAGUUUUUAACAUUUAUAUUUUAACUUCAAAAUAAAUCUCCUAUGAACCUACCGCCCUAGAAAAUGAGACCGCUCCUGGUCUAAAUUUUUGCUUGUUAACCGCGAUAAGCAAAUCUUUUUCCGCAAAGCCCAGUAAUUGAAGGGAAUGAUCCAGAGUCGCUGGUCGCUAAACAUCGAUCAAACAUCGGCUGUCACUUGGCUGGCCAUCGAUCUGAGUCUGCCAAUUGAAUCUUGUGAAUAGCUUAGUUAUACACUCGGCCAAUAUCAACAGUCGUGUUGGAUUGUUGAUACAAUCUCGCCUCUCACAAAUACUCCGUUGAACUUAUAAGAUCGCAAGGAGGGGGAGGCGUGAAAACAUGCCGCUUCCACUCGCUCAGACUAAUUUGAUAAUCGCGCAAUCAGACAGUGUACAACAAACCUGGCUGGCAAUCAGACGUAGUCGCAGGAAAACUAUUUCACAGUCAGGGGAACAAUUUUAAGCCGUCAGGAUGCAGCCGUUAACGGAAUAUCACUUUGAAGAAACCCGCAAAAUGCACGGCGUGAAAAGGGUGCUGGUUUUCUGCCUGAUGAUUGUGAUACUGCCGGCCAUCCUUAUCAUUAUGCCGCUGCACUUGCGAAAGACGGUGUUUGCCGACGUCAUCUAUCCCAUGGCGGAGUCCGAUAUCAUUGAGAUUCGGGCAGGAAUCUCGUCGAUCUUCUGCUCGAAACACACACUGCGCAUGAACUCCAAUUUCAACGCUUUCCAACUACGUAAUAAGCCGGAAAUUGCGACGAAUCGCAAGCACAUUAGGCUAAAGAAGUCUAUGACACUGCCGGAUGAUACGCUGGAGUACUGGGGCUUCUUCUUGCUGAAGGGUGCCAAGGUGCGAGUGAAAUUCUGCUCCCGCUACGAUGGAUCCCGCAUCCUGAUCAUCCAUGGCCACCGGGAGCUUAAUCUUUGCGGUCUGACCGAUCACAAUAAGAAUAAGUUGGGCGCCAAUUAUGCCAAAGGCCACGAGCAGGUGCAGGUGUUCUUCGAAGACAAUGUGGAGAUCACGGAAGAGAAGGGCAACCAGGACGUGCUAAUGGAGCACGAGAACCACGGCGGAGAGGAUUUGACUGAGGAUGUUUCGCAGCCGCAGGUGGACAUACCUGUGAAGCAAAACCAUUCUAUACAGCCUAAGUUAAUCAGGAAAAAACUGAAAAAGGGCACAAUUCAUCAUGGCGAACAUGAUAUGCAUGCUAUAACAGAUUUGCAAGGAUCCCACCAUACGGAACACAUAUUGAAUCACCACGAUCACAGCUCUAAUUCUCCUGCACAUCACCAUAAUAGUACUGCCCAUCAUCGGGAGCACAGUUCGAAUAUCACAAUCGAAGAAACUAGUCGCAAUCACAUACGAAAUGAAGAUUUUCCAGAUCAGAAUUCGAGUAAGACCCAUCAUAGUGCGGAAAGUCCGCCUCAUCGGGAACGUCUCAAAAGACACAAUAGGGGAGCACAUAGGAAUCAGAAGAGACAGGAUCUUUACGAUACGCUUUAUAAAAGGUCAAAGAGGGAGAAUGUCUACGAUCGAAAGACGAUCCACGGAGGAAAUGCCAUAAAUUUUACGGAAACCGACGAGUCGAAUUCGGUGUCCAGCUUUGAGACAGGACUAUUUCAGUGCUUCAAUGGAAUGAUCCUGCUGCAGGAGUUCUUCAGGCCAAAAAAUGAAUGCUCAAAUCCCCACAUAAUGGACACUUCGCCCAACAAGAGUUCCAUGGUGGUGCACAACGUCAUCGAGGAUGGGUACUACUAUUACAUAUUCUACAGCGAUAACGAUCAUGUUCAAAACGAGAUCCACGCCAUAUUCGAUAUUUACAAGCCGACGUAUCAGUACUCAAAUAUGAGCGAAUCGCAAAGCUGUCUGAAUACCACAAAUUGCACAUUCAACAUCAGUUUCCUUUCGGACGAGAUCGUGGUGGUGGAGGUUCCCACACGGGAUGGUAUCGAGCACGAGGAGGACGAUAUAACCAACCUGAUCUCCACCUGUCAUCCGCGCAGCGAGAUAUACGCCAUCUUUCCCAUUACGGUGCUGGUGCUGAUCCUUUGCUGCUCCUUCCUGUAGUCCUCUUGAUCCAAUAUUAUUAAUAUACUAUUGUGAUAUUUAUGGUGAGGUAACUACCGGGUGAUAUACUCGCUUGUGAGUGUGUUAACGUUAUGGCCGGCCCCAAAACGAGAGCUUUUAAAGUAGCCAUAGAAUAUUCCAUAUCGGUUAUACACACGGAAUGAACAGUCUGAACAAAUCGUUAUCAAUAUUCGUAGGUUUUAAGGUGAAUGUAGCCUAAGAAGCAAGCAUUUUUAAGUCUACAUAUGAUAAAUGCGAAAAUAGUAAGAUAAAAUAUGUAAAUUGUAUAUCGUGUACAAAUAAAUUUAGAUACCAAGUAAUUUUAAGAUGGAAUUGUAGUACUUAUCUAUUAAUUCAAUUAUUCUCAUUUUAUAAACGACUUUGAUCUUUUUGUUUACCUUAUCGUUAGGUUGAUCACAUUUUAAAGACAAUUCUUAUGUACUCAUUUGAAGCGGAUUAGUUUUAAUGCUUUUGUUGAAUUU